GGUUUUCCUGUCCUGAUGAAGGACGCAGCUAAUUCCACUCAGCUUUAAGACGCAGAUAUCAACAAUAAGUAAAGUGAAACGGGCAGGCUUCUGCCAGUCACUUGUGUUCAGCUUUGAUUCACCUGGCCCCCUAAACACAAGAGGUUAGGAAUAAUAAAAGACUAAGGCUUUAAGUUCACAAGUGACGUAACUGGAAUGUCAACGUAAUUGAAAACCACGGGUAUAAGUUGACUGUAGAAGAUAUUUAGCUUCAGUUCGAUGGUUGGGGCUGCUCUGACAGCAGUGUUAUAAACACGUUAGACUGAAACAUUACACCCAGUUUCAAAGUCAAGCAACACACAUAACAAAAAGGACAUGAACACUUGGCUAGAACUACCUGUAGAACUUAAUUGUCAGCCAGAGUGCUGAGCAGAAAUGAAACCUUUGAACAGAGAGCUGCCUCCGACCCCCAAGAACGACACGGACAAAGAUACCAGCAUCUUAGAGCAAGGAUAUUCCAAAAUCUCAGAAGUAGAUAAACAUGACGGUAACUUGUAUGACGCAUUGGUUUAUCAAGAGAACACUAGAGAUACGAAUCAGAGACUUCAGAAAAUAGAAGAAGCACAAAAGAGUCUAUCCCAGGAAUUGAAACUCAGUUUCCAGAGCCUAGUACUAGAGAUCCAGAAACUCCAUAAAACUGUGGAGGAUAUCAAAACUCUGAAUGUCAGUGUACAGAAACAAAUUAUAACCUCGACCUCCGUGACAGUAAAUCAAGUGGCAUUAUUAAAGAAACAAUUCUUGGACACGUCUGAUCACCUGAAAGAGAACAUUUCCAAGAUUAGAUCUUCCUCCGCGCUGAAACAAAUAGGAUUCGAAUCUUUUGAGCCAGAAAAAUAUGAGCCCAAAACGAGGCAUACUUUCAGCUGGGACAUUCAGCGCGUGGACAAUCUGCUGAAGUCCCAGGGCCAAGUCUCGAGCCAGUCGUACCUGAUAGGAAACAUUAACUACAAAGUGCUGGGAGGGGUCAAUUUCAUGAAAGACGGAAGUUUGUCCGUGUACCUCGUUGGCGAGUCCAUUCAUCCACACGACGACGUCCAGAUGUCAACGCGAGGGCGGUUCAGUUGCACGGUGUCCGUGACGGAUCGUACUGGGACUAUGAUGGAUUGGAUAGUUGGCAAAAUUUCCGGGAAUUUUUUCAAGGCAAAGAUGUGGAUAGUUGGCAGCGUCCACAAAAAUGACCUAAAGAAUAAAGGUUAUAUGAUGCAGGGGAAACACAUCAAAUUAAUAUUUACAAUUGAUUUAUUGAACUAAACAGAGUUCUAACACUUAUGUAUAGAUAUAUGUGUGUGUGUGUGUAACGAGAGAAAAAGAGAAAAGAGAGAAAAAGAAAAAGAGAUUGAAUUAAGGAUAAACUGCAUUUAGAUUUUUCGGCAAUUCGUAUAUUUUUGUAAUAAAGCCGUAGUUAUCAGAA